AUGGGAAGGGUUAAACUGAAGAUAAAGAAGUUAGAGAACCCAAAUGGACGCCAAACAACAUUUGCUAAAAGGAAAAAUGGGAUCUUGAAAAAGGCUAAUGAGCUAUCAAUUCUAUGUGACAUUGAUAUUGUUCUUCUUAUGUUCUCUCCUACUGGGAAACCUUCCUUAUGUCUCGGUAGAAGAAGCAGUAUUGAAGAGGUGAUUGCUAAGUUCUCUCAAAUUCCACCCAACGAAAGAACAAAAAAGAAAUUUGAAGGUCUUGAAGCCUUGAAGAAAACUUUCCAAAAGUUGGAUCACGAUGUAAAUAUACGCGAAUUUAUAGCCUCAAGUAAUUCAACAACAGAGGAUCUGAGUACUCAAGCAAGGCUUCUGCAAGCUCGGAUUUCUGAGAUACAUGGAAGAUUAAGUUAUUGGACAGAACCAGAAAAGAUAAACAACGUUGAUCACUUGGGACAGCUCGAGAUUUCGAUUAGGCAGUCUCUAGAUCAACUGCGUGCUCAUAAGGAACAAUUGGGGCAGCAGCAACAGGCAAUGCAAAUAGAAAACGCAAACUUUGUUAAAGAUUGGUCAACAUGCUCGAUGCAAGAUGGGAUUCAGAUUCCUUUGGAACAACAGCUACAAUCUAUGUCAUGGAUUCUUAAUAGCAACAACAGCAACACCAACAUUGUCCCCGAGGAACACAAUCUAAUCCCGCAGAGGGAAGUGGAGUGCUCUGCGAGCUCUUCAUUUGGGAGCUAUCCAGGCUACUUUGGAACUGGAAAAUCUCCUGAGAUUGCGAUUUCGGGUCAAGAAACAAGCUUUCUUGAUGAACUAACAGCCACCACCAACGGACAUUUGAAACCGCAGACAAAUUCGCAGCAGCAGUUCACGAAUAGUAACAAUAUCACAGCAUACAAUCCCAAUCUGCAGAAUGAUCUGAUUCAUCACCAAACGUUGCCUCCUCCUCCUCAGGUUUAUAACUUCCCAAUGAACCAGAGAGAGUAUCAUAUGAAUGGAUUCUUCGAACCACCACCACCUGGAUGUUCUGCUUUCAACAACAACCCAAACCAAACCAGGUUUGGUUCUAGCAGCAGCUCCUUGCCUUGCUCUGUCUCCAUGUUCGACGAAUACUUAUAUUCCCAGAUGCAGCAACCGAACUGA